UAUGAAGAAGACUAAGGAAUUGGAGUGGGAUUCUUGGGAUCCGAUUCAGAAUCGAAGUCUAGGGUUCCAAUUACGACUUCUUCCACGUGUGGUAAUGUGCUUAAAGCCCCUUAAUUUUGAUGAUUAUUGUGAUGGGUUUAGUUGCUGCUGAGUUUUUCUGUAUUAAAAAUGUUAAAUUUGCAUUUUUUUUGUUCCCCUCAAGUUCUUUCAUGUGAUCCUCAAGUGUUGAUUGAAGUAUCUAGCUGUUUAUGUGAAAAAGUUUGGAUUUGUAUGCUUGAUCAGUCUUUCACCCUGAGGAAGUUGCUAAUAAUAUUGUUGAAUCAAUUGAAAUUGCUUGAUUGUUAGGGUAAAAAAGAAAAAAAGGAAAUUUGUUAAUUGAGUCUUAUUAAAUUGGAGAUAAAAAUUCAGUAGUAUUAACUAAUUUUUACCCUCAUAGAGGCCAUUCUAAAAAAAAUCAUUAAUGUCAAAAAGUUAGGAAAAGUUGGGAGGUUAAUGAAGUUGGAAGUUUUCUGAUUCAUUUUAGAUGUAGGAAAUAUAGAAAAACAAAAGAAGAUAUAUGAAAAAGAAAGUAAAAUAAUUAGUAAUAAGAAAGAUGUAGUAAAAUAAUUAUUACUAAGAAAGAGAAAGUAAAAUAAUUAGUCAAAAGGCAGAGGACUGAUGAUUUCGCUUCAAGGAGUUCACGCAAAUACAUUUGAUACUACUAUGACUUCUUCAUCCGGUGGGUCUGGUUGUAGUUUUGGGAGGACAACAGGGAAGCAGAGUAUGAGCAAUCAGAACAGCAAGAGGAAGGGGAGAGAUGCAGAGGAAUCUGAAUGCCAUAGCGAGGAGGCUGAAUAUGAAUCGAUUGAGGCUAAAAAGCACACUCAACGGUCUACAUCCACCAGAAAAAGUCGUGCUGCUGAAGUUCACAAUCUAUCGGAGCGGAGAAGAAGAGACAUAAUUAAUGAGAAGAUGAGAGCAUUGCAAUAACUCAUUCCUCAUUGCAACAAG